UGAUCGUACUCUGUGGUGCAAGAGGAUCCCGUUUCCAAUAAUAAUUAUAUAAGAAGGUACGGCUCUUCAACCCUAUAUAUGACUUAACUUGGAAAAGACAAAAAGAUUAAAAAAAAAAAAGAAAGCAAAAAAAGAAGCAAAGACCGGAUAAGCUCGAAGAACAUCACCAUCUAAUUAGAGUAAGCCAUUGUUCUGUGUUAGAGCAACAGCACCCUCCACCCAAAAAAAAAAAAAAAAAUCACCCAGCCUGUAGAUUUCUAACACAACAGCCCGGGCUACUUGCAAAAAUCCACCAACCACCGCAGCAUUUCUUAUAAAAAUAUUAAGCAAUCCAUCACCUGAGCUCGGUAGAGAAAAAUAAAAUUGAGUACUAACCAAACGGGUGGUCACGGUAAAUGUCCCAGCCCUUACGUCUAUAAGACGCAUGCUCCUGUAGGUCGCGGCAAAAGCUCCUAAAUUCCCACAGGGGGCGAUCCAAGCUAACCAAAGCGAGUAUGGCGGAAAAGCCGGAGGCCCUGGUGAAGAGACUGCAGGGCCUGGAAACGAGCCAGGCCAGGCUCCGGGAGCAACUCGACGUCGUCCUUCGAGAACGAGAAGUCGAGCCCGAGCAUCAGGUCCGGCAAACUAUAGCCGAAGGCGGCGGCGAAGCUGGCCUCCUGCCGGGCUUCUUCGCCCGCAAUCCGUGCCGCAACGUGCUGCACUGCAUGGGCCACGCCCUCCACGUCUGUCGGCCGGUCACUGGCGAGAUCAUAUUCUGGAAUCGGUCAGCCGAAAAUCUUUACGGAUGGAAGGAUUGUGAAGCAACUGGCCUAAGGGUUGCCGAUCUGCUCCUUGAUGAAGAGAGUCGUCCGUAUCUUCAGAAGGCCAUGGAAAAGUUAAGUAAUGGUCAAUCAUGGUCAGGUCAAUUUCCAUUUAAGAAGAGGUCUGGAGAAAUAUUUGUAGCCUUGGUAACACAGAGCCCGUUAUACGAGGAUGGUGAGCUUAUUGGAAUCAUUACUGUCUCAAUUGAUGCGGCUACUCUUUAUGAUACGUACUCGGAGAAAUGGAGAGUAUGCUGGGAUCAAGCUCAAGGCCAACCAAGAGAAUACAAAUCAAGUUCUAGAAGAGUUCAGUGGCGGCCACAAGCACAAAUUGCGUCGUCCGUGUCUAGUUUGGCUUCAAAUUUUUUUCCCCGUAAUCAUAUACCUAGUGACUGUGAGGGUAGGAAUUCCCUGGGAAGAUGUGAAUGCAUGUUUGAAAACGAAAAUGUGAAGUCAGAGAAAACAGAGUUACCAGCACUGAAGCCCAUCUUCAGAUCGCAUGCUGGAAAGAGAGCUGUUGAGGAAACAGCCCAUAAGUAUGAGGAAAUCAUGUCGAAAUUUAAUCAGCCAUCCAAAAUCGUUACAAAGGUCUUUGGUAAACUGAACAUUCGAGGAAGCACCUACCAAUUUCAAGAAUCAGAUAAAGGGAUUCGAACUAAUCCGGCCAAGAAUUCAGGCUCCAAUUCAACAAAGAAGAAAACAGAAUCACAUCAACCAACAGCAGUCGGGCACCUCACUGGUUCUGGUGGUUGUAAAAGUCAUGCACCAAAGGGACGCUCAGACAAUUUAGAUGUGGUUCAUAGACCUAUUGAUGAAGCUAAGUCACAGAAUAUGAAGAUAGCAGAGUGCUGUACCUUGGACUUUCCUAAUGUUCUAAAAAAAACAUUCCCAGGUCAGAUUCAUGGUACUAAUGAAAGAGUAGAAUGCUCUGUCAAAAGUUUGUUUCCUAGAGGAAAGGAUGUCAAUAGCAAUUGCAAGCAGGAAUAUUAUGCUGCAAGUGUCGAACAAAGCGGGAAGAAGGACGAUAUAUUGCAUGAACAAGAAAAUCCCAAACAAGAUUUAGCAGCACAUUCAACUCUACAGAAGACUGAUGCAUCAACUACUGAAGAAAAAUAUUUGAAGUUGGUCAUAGACUGUGAUAUUCGAUGGGAAGACCUCCUGUUAGGGGAGGAAAUUGGUGAAGGUUCUUAUGCUAUUGUCUAUCGAGGAGUAUGGAAUGGAUCGGAUGUUGCCAUAAAACUAUACCUACGAAAGGACUAUCACGAAGGGGCUUUGCUGGAUUUCAAGGAGGAGAUCAGUAUAAUGAAAAGAUUAAGACAUCCAAAUGUAUUGCUAUUCAUGGGAGCUGCAUAUUCACCCGAGCGACUUGCCAUUGUAACUGAGUUCUUACCAAGGGGAAGCCUCUUCAGAAUAUUACACAAGAACAAUCAGGCAUUGGAUCCUAAACGCCGUUUGAAGAUGGCAUUUGAUGUUGCAAGAGGUAUGAAUUACUUGCAUCGAAGAAAUCCACCAAUAAUACAUAGGGACCUGAAAUCAUCAAAUCUACUCGUUGAUAAAAAUUGGACUGUCAAGGUUGGAGACUUUGGGCUGUCAUGUUUAAAGAGUUCAUCUACCUUGACAGCAAAAUCCACACAAGGAACGCCUCAGUGGAUGGCGCCGGAAGUCCUCCGCGGCGAAUGCUCAAAUGAGAUGUCGGACGUGUUCAGCUUCGGAGUCAUACUGUGGGAGCUGAUGACGGAGUCCGUCCCGUGGAGCCAUCUCAACUCCCUUCAGGUAGUCGGAGUGGUGGGGUUCAUGGACCGGCGGUUGGAUCUGCCGGAGGGUUUGGAUCCGCGGGUGGCCUCCAUCAUCUGCGAUUGCUGGGAAAGCGAUCCAGGACGGCGGCCGACGUUCCAGCAGAUAGUGGGGAAGAUGGCGGAGCUGACAACAGCUCCAGCUCGCCGCAGGUGGGAGCACCUGACGAGAGGAUCGCCGUCGGAUUGCUGAUGGGUGAUAUCCUUCUCGUGGACUUGAUGUAUUGUCACCGUUAGAUUAAGAUCCCGGAGUAGACUCUAUCCAGGUGUUCUUGUUCCAUUCCUUUUGAUCGUAUUAAUUCGCACGUGACAAAAACGUGCAUGAUGAGACUAUGACCUUUUGAUCGGUGGGCCUUUUAGCUUUAUUGGUUGACGGGAACCGAAGAUCUACGGGGAGAACUCAUGAAUUCUGUGCGACAGUCGUCUGGAUGAUGAUUGCUUGGGCUAAAUUUUUGACAGUGCAACCGUUUGCUGUUAAAAAAUAAUAAACAGGUAGACAAUUUACCAUGUGA